AUGCAGACUGCUUCUACAAACAUUUGUGAAAGAAUGAGUCUCUCUCAGGAGCUCAAUGGAUUCAAACGUGGUACAGUGAUAGGUUGCCACCUGUGCAAUAAGUCCAUCCAUGAAAUUUCCUUGCCACUAAAAAUUCCAUGGUCAACUGUUAGUGGUAUUUUAACAAAGUGGAAGCAACUGGGAACAACAGCAAUUCAGCCGGAAGUGAGCUGGGUCAGCGCAUUUGCUGUGCGCAGAACUCGCCAACUGUCUGCAGAGUCAAUAGCUAAAGACCUCCAAACUUCGCGUGGCCUUCACAUUAGCACAACAAAAGUGCAUAAAGAGCUCAUGGAAUGGGGUUCC